AUGGGUUCCAAGACGGGAAGCGAGCCUGCCAUAACGGCGCUCGACAAUCUGGGCAGCAACUCGGACUCGGCCAGCACGUCCGAGGCAUCUGCCAAGGACCGCCUGUACGGCAACGUCUUUGUCAAUGGCGGCUCGGCGCAGCACUAUGAGCCUAUUCCCGAGUAUGAGGGCCGUCACCGGUACGAUCCCAAAGCCGAAUGGACACCGAAAGAAGAGAAGCGUCUAGUUCGAAAGCUCGACUACCGCAUCUGCUCAUGGGUCUGCCUCAUGUUCUUUGCGCUGCAGCUCGACCGCGGCAACAUCUCCAACGCCCUCGCCGACAACUUCCUUAAGGACCUGCACCUCACCACCAACGACUACAACCUGGGCAUGACCAUCUUCUACCUCGGCUUCCUCUUUGCCGAGCUGCCUUCGCAGAUGAUUUCCAAGAAGCUCGGCCCGGACGUCUGGGUGCCCGCGCAAAUGAUUCUCUGGAGCACCGUCGCCAUGCUGCAGUGCGUCAUUCGCGGGCGCACCGGCUUCUUCAUCACGCGCGGUUUUCUAGGAGCCUUUGAGGGCGGCUUCAUUCCCGACGCCAUCCUGUACCUGUCGUACUUUUACGACAGCAAGGAGCUGCCGAUUCGCGUCAGCUACUUUUACACGGCGAGCAACCUGACGCCCAUCAUCUCGGCGUUUUUGGCGUACGGCAUCCUGCACAUGCGCGGCAUCGGCGGCUGGGAGGGCUGGCGCUGGCUGUUUGUGCUCGAGGGAGGGCUGACGGCGCUGAUUGGCGUGGUUUCGUGGUUUUACCUCCCACCGAGCCCGACGCAGACGGCCGGGUGGCUGCGCGGCAAAGACGGGUGGUUUGAUGAGCGCGAGGAAAUCAUCAUGGUCAAUCGCAUUCUACGCGAUGAUCCUAGCAAGGGCGGCAUGCACAACCGUCAAGGCCUGAGUAUACCUUUGCUCUGGCAGGCCCUGUCCGACUUUGACCUGUGGCCCAUUUACCUCCUCGGCUUCACCAUCCUAGAGCCCGUCGCCCCGAUCCAAAACUACCUCACGCUCACGCUCCGUCAGCUAGGCUUUGACACGUUCCAGACCAACCUUCUCACCAUUCCCGGCUACGUGCUCUUUGCGAUCCAGCUAAUCUUUUGGACGCGCAUAUCGGAGUGGAUCAAUAACCGCUUCCUCGUCGUACUCUUCAGCUCCGUCUGGCUGUUUCCGCUGGUCUUGUCUCUGCGCCUUUUGCCAGACAAUGCGGGCAGCUGGGAACGCUAUGCUCUGACUGUUCUCGUCAUUGGCUUCCCCUAUGUCCAUUCCAUCAUUGUCUCACUAACGUCGCGCAAUGCCGGAUCUGUGGCUGGGAGAACAGUCGGCAGCGCAGUGUACAACAUGUGCGUGCAAGCGGGCAGCAUCAUUGCUUCAAAUAUUUACCGAGAGGACGAUAAGCCCCAUUACCGACGGGGCAACUCGGCGAUUCUGGGCAUCAUUGCUUGGAACGCCGUCUUUACUCUAUCAAUCAAGGGAUACUACAUGUGGCGCAACAAGACAAAGACGGCUAAAUGGGACAGAAUGACACCGGACGAGAAGCGUGACUACGUCGACACGACGACAGAAAAGGGAAGCAAGAGACUAGACUUUAGAUUCGCGCACUGA